AAGAAAGAAAAAAGUGUCAAGCAAAUUCUAAAACCAUAAUAAUAGUAUUAUCCCAAAAUAUGGGAUUACAAAACCAGCUUAGUGACAUUUCUACUGAAUCAAUUCCAAUAUUAAUGAUAACCCUUUUUGCUAAUUCUCUUAAUUAUCUCCGUUCCUUAAUCUACACUUUCCUUCAAUUUCUUGGCAUCUCUUCUUCCCGAUUUACCCCUCAUCAAAUCGACGAUUCGUUCUGCGAAGCGGUCGGGUCCGGUUUAACCGGCGUUAUUUUCCUCGCCGAUCAGCUUAAUCUGAACCGGUUGUUAUCUUAUCAUCAUCAACAGCAACAGGAUGAAAAAACCGGUUCCGGUUCAAGUACCUGUGUGGUUUGCUUGAACCGGUUGGGUGAUGGAGACCGGGUUCGCAAGUUAGCCUGCCGGCACGUGUUUCACAUGGAGUGUUUAGAUGGGUGGUUCAAUACGCUAAAUUUCAACUGUCCACUUUGCCGGUCGACUUCGGUCUCCGGUGAGCGCGUGGUGAGAGCGCGGCGGCGCGUUGCUGGGGAUUUACUUGCUUGGUUCUCGUUAAACUGAGUGUUAAUGGUCGACGAUGAAAAUUAAACUUUUUUUCUUUCUUUUUUUUAUUUUUCUUUUCACUUUUGUGGGAUUACUUUUAGUAUUUUUUUUUUAGGAAAUUAAUAUUUUUUUCCUUUUUGUUUUGUUUUUGAAGGGCAUUGAUAAGAAGCUCUUUUGUAGCACUUGAUAAUGAUGUAAAAAGGUUUUUGUUUUUGUUAGUA